UCAAACACAAAUACGUGUUCAUCAUCUUCCUCUUUUUGCCGCACCACCUUCUCUGCUUCCUUUCCUGAUCAAUUCAAGGCUUCGCCUUUUCCUCUCUAUCUCGUCAAAUCUUCUGUUUUUCCCUUUUUUCUGGGGUGGGUUUGUUUGGUGCAAAAGAAAAUGUGUGGGAUUCUUGCCGUUCUGGGUUGCUCCGAUGACUCUCAGGCCAAGAGGGUUCGUGUGCUGGAGCUUUCCCGCAGAUUGAAGCACCGUGGCCCGGACUGGAGCGGUCUCUACCAGCAUGGAGAUUGUUAUUUGUCCCAUCAACGCUUGGCGAUAAUUGAUCCUGCUUCUGGGGAUCAACCUCUUUUUAAUGAAGACAAAACCAUCGCCGUCACGGUAAAUGGAGAGAUUUACAACCAUGAAGAACUGAGGCAGCGCUUGACAAAUCACAAGUUCCGUACUGGCAGUGACUGUGAUGUUAUUGCCCAUCUGUAUGAGGAGUAUGGGGAAAAUUUUAUCGACAUGUUGGAUGGAGUAUUUUCGUUUGUUCUGUUGGAUACUCGUGAUAACAGCUUCAUAGCCGCCCGUGAUGCCAUUGGGGUCACCUCACUCUAUAUUGGAUGGGGACUUGAUGGUUCGAUUUGGAUAUCAUCAGAACUCAAGGGAUUGAAUGAUGACUGUGAACAUUUUGAGACUUUUCCUCCUGGUCACUUGUACUCUAGCAAAUUGGGUGGAUUUAGGCAAUGGUCUAACCCUCCUUGGUUCUCUGAGGCCAUUCCAUCAACUCCAUAUGAUCCACUUGUUCUAAGACGUGCCUUUGAAAAUGCUGUAAUCAAAAGGCUGAUGACUGAUGUGCCUUUUGGCGUUCUGCUCUCCGGGGGCCUCGAUUCCUCUUUGGUUGCUUCUAUCACAGCUCGCCACUUGGCUGGCACAAAGGCAGCCAGACAAUGGGGUACCCAACUUCAUUCUUUUUGUGUUGGCCUAGAGGGUUCACCAGAUCUGAAAGCUGCGAGGGAAGUUGCUGACUAUCUGGGCACUCUUCAUCAUGAGUUCUACUUCACCGUUCAGGAUGGAAUUGAUGCCAUUGAAGAUGUUAUAUACCAUAUUGAAACCUAUGAUGUUACAACAAUCAGGGCCAGCACCCCCAUGUUUCUCAUGUCACGUAAGAUUAAGUCACUAGGGGUGAAAAUGGUUAUUUCUGGUGAAGGCUCCGACGAGAUCUUUGGUGGGUAUCUGUACUUCCACAAGGCACCAAAUAAGGAAGAGCUCCAUCAGGAAACAUGUCGCAAGAUAAAGGCCCUGCAUCAGUAUGACUGCCUGAGAGCUAACAAAUCAACAUCUGCUUGGGGAUUGGAAGCUCGAGUCCCUUUCUUAGACAAAGAAUUUAUUAAUGUUGCCAUGUCUAUAGAUCCUGAAUGGAAAAUGAUUAAACGAGAGGAAGGCCGCAUGGAGAAGUGGGUUCUUAGAAGGGCCUUUGAUGAUGAGGAGCAUCCAUAUCUGCCAAAGCGAAUCCUGUACAGGCAGAAAGAACAGUUUAGUGAUGGUGUUGGCUAUGGCUGGAUUGAUGGUGUCAAAGCCCAUGCUGCAGAAAAUGUGACAGAUAAGAUGAUGCAAAAUGCUGCAUACAUCUUUCCUCAUAAUACCCCAACUACCAAAGAAGCCUAUUACUACAGGAUGAUUUUCGAGAGGUUCUUUCCACAGAACUCGGCAAGAUUGAGUGUCCCAGGGGGAGCCAGUGUGGCAUGCAGCACGGCUAAAGCUGUGGAGUGGGAUGCUGCAUGGGCAAAUAAUCUUGAUCCUUCGGGCAGGGCUGCAUUGGGAGUCCAUCUCUCAGCUUAUGAGCCGCAGCCACCUCAGCCACCUGCAACCAGUGCUGCCGAUGUGUCAUCAAAUGUUAUUGAUACCAUACCUGGAAUCAACGAAGUCACCACUUCUCCAGGGCUUGCUAUCAUAACCCAAUGACUCCUUGAAGGAGAUUCCAAGAAUUAUAAAAAGAACUUUAACUAGGGGUUGUUGCGUUAAUGAAGCUUUAGAUGCUGUGUGUAAUAUUAGUAUAUGCUUUGUUAGUGUUAUCUUGUUGUUUCUGAAACCCAUCUGUUUUUUGGAGUGUUUUCCCAGUGUUUACUAGAGGAAGUUAAAAUUAAUGCGAAUCUUCCCUUUGGUUCCUACUCAUUUGAAAUU